AUGCCGGCCAUGUCGAAGCUCUCGGGCGGCCGCAAGCCGGUGUUGCUGCCGGCCGCGGGCGCCGCCGCGCUCGGCGGCCUGGCCUGCUUCGUGGGCCCCGCGGCGCGGCCGGCUGCGGCGCGCGCGCCGGCCGCGGCCGCGGGGGCGCAUGCGGGGCGCGGGGGCGCAGGCGCGCCCGGGCUCCAGCCCGUCCUGGGCUGCCGGCGACGGCGGGUGCGCGCGCUGCUGGCGGCAGCCGCCGUUGGCGGGCGGCUCGCGCCGCGCGCGAGGGGCGACACGGGCCACCCCGAGAACUUCGAGACUGCGGGCAUCGAGGUCACCACGGGCCCGCUCGGCAUGGGUGUAUCCAACGCUGUGGGCCUCGCGGCUGCCGAGGCGCACAACGCCGCCGUCUACAACAAGCCGGGCUUGCCCCUGAUCGACCACUACACGUACUGCAUCAUGGGUGACGGCUGCUGCCAGGAGGGGAUCUCCCACGAGUCCUGCGCAUAUGCUGGCCAUCUCGGCCUCGGCAAGCUCAUCGUCUUCUACGACGACAACGGGAUCACCAUCGACGGCCACACGGAGCUCUCCUUCACCGAGGAUGUGGGCAUGCGCUACGAGGCGUACGGAUGGCAGGUGCUGACGGUUGAGGAUGGCAACACCGACGUGGCUGCCCUCCGCAAGGCCAUCGCGGAUGCCAAGGCGUGCACCGACAAGCCCACCCUGAUCAAGGUCAAGACGGUAAUCGGGUACGGCUCGCCGAACAAGGCCGACAGCCACGACGGCACGGGGCGCCAAGAAGCAGGAUGCAUGGACAAGGUGUGGGCCGAGUACCAGGCCACCCGCCUGUGGUCGCAGGACUGCCUCAACGCCCUCGCCAGCACGCUCCCCGAUCUCAUCGGCGGCUCGGCCGACCUCGCGCCGUCCAACAUGACCCUGAUGAAGUGCACGGGCGACUUCCGCAAGGACUCCUACGAGGGCCGCAACAUGCGCUUCGGGAUCCGCGAGUUCGGCAUGGGCGCCGUCUGCAACGCCAUAUCCCUGCACAAGACCGCCAUCGAGACCAUCCCGUCGCUGCGCAUGAUCCCUGACCUGACCGUCAUCCGCCCGGCCGACGGCAACGAGACGUCGGGCGCCUACAAGAUCGCGUUCGAGAAGUCGAAGCUGGAGUCCAUGCCGACCUUCCUGGCGCUGACGCGGCAGGCGGUGCCCAACCUCCCCAAUUCGUCCAUCGAGAACGUCGAGAAGGGCGCCUACACCGUGGUCGAUCCGGCGGACCCAGAGCUCAUUCUCGUGGGCACAGGCUCCGAGGUGGGCCUGUGCAUGGAGGCCGCGAAGGAGAUGAGCCACAAGAAGAUCCGGGUCGUGUCCAUGCCGUCCUGGGAGCUCUUCCGGGCGCAGCCGGCAUCCUACAAGGACUCCGUGCUCCCGAAGGGCGUCCCGACCCUCAGCGUCGAGGCCGCCUGCACCAUGGGCUGGGAGGAGUGGGCCACGGGCCACAUCGGCAUCAACUGCUUCGGCGCCUCCGCCCCUGGCGGCACCUGCCUCGACAAGUUCGGGUUCAACGUCCCGAACGUCGUCUACUGCUCCCUGCGCAUGCUCAAGGGGGAGACUGGCGUGCUGUCGGACGGCAGCCAGGGGAAGCACUGA